UAAUGGUGCGGCGUGCUGCUGAUGAAGCGGACGUGUUUGUUUCCACGGAAACGGGAUGCGGGCUGGAGUCGGAGAGCGUUUAAAAGCAUCUCCAGCUGCGUGCGGAUGCAGCGACAUCCUACUAACCUACAUACCAACCUGAAACACGCAAUGGCGGCCAAAGGAACAUUUCUGCACUGACAUAUGAUGAUCUACUGCGGCGAAGCGGAACAUAAACGUUCACUAUGAAGAGUAUGGAGCUGGAGCUGCAGUGUCCCGUCUGCAAGGACAUUGUCAAGCAGCCUAUUGUACUUCCGUGUCUGCACAGCGUGUGUCUGAUGUGUGCCUCAGAGGUGCUGAUUCAAAGCGGGUACCCUCAACCCGAGCUCCCGCCGGAGCCCAACUCACCCGCUUCCACACCAAACAUGCGUUCUCCGCGGCAGAUGCGCAGACCUAUGCCUAAAUCUGACCGCGUGGACCGCCUGUUGCGCUCAGGCUCUGGGACAUACCCGGGUCGCAGGCGAAAGGACGGCCCUCCACCUCUUAUGCUGUUCCCUUGCGCUCCCUGUGGGCGAGAUGUAGAACUAGGUGAGAGAGGACUGGCUGAGUGCAUGAGGAACCUUGCACUGGAGAGAAUUGUGGAAAGGUACAGACACACAGUGAGUCUGGGCAGCGUGGCUGUGAUGUGUCAGUUUUGCAAACCCCCACAGGCCCUGGAGGCCACUAAAGGCUGCGCAGACUGCAGAGCCAGCUUCUGCAAUGAGUGCUUCAAACUCUACCACCCCUGGGGCACUCCUCGCGCCCAGCACGAACAUGUCCAGCCCACACUCAACUUCAGACCAAAGGUGCUGACAUGCCCAGAACAUGAUCAGGAGCGGCUGCAGUAUUACUGUAAGUCAUGUCAGAUGCUUCUCUGCUCUCUCUGUAAACUGCGUCGAGUCCAUGCUGGUCACAAAAUUGCACCCGUCACCCAAGCCUACCAGACUCUCAAGGACAAGAUCACCAAGGAGCUGAACUACAUCCUGUCCAAUCAGGACAUGGUGUUGACUCAGAUCACACAACUGGAGAACGCUGUCACUCAAACUGAGGUGAACAGCGUAUCGGCCAAAGAGCAGCUCUCUCACUGUGUGAAGGAGAUAAUGGCGCUGCUAACCGAGAGGCAGACAAUGCUGGCGCAGGCUCUGGAAGGCUCACGGCAGAGAAGGGCAGAUGCUUUGUCCAGUCAGGUGGCUGAAAAACGCAGCCUGCUGGAGCAUGCCGGACUGAUGGCAUUCACCCAAGAGUUGCUCAAAGAAAAUGACCCAUCGAGCUUUGUUCACGCAGCUAGAAUAACACACAACAGAUUGGCCCAGUCUAUUGAAUCUAUGCAGCAUUUCUCUCUCUCUGCUGAUCCCUCAUUUCGUCACUUCCAGCUUGAUAUUUCCAGAGAGCUCAAACUCCUCACUGACCUGAACUUCCUUCAGGCCCCUCUCGCACCUGUAAUUGACACCCAGCGGACUCUUGCCUAUGACCAGCUCUUCCUGUGUUGGCGGUUGCCUCAAGACUCCACUCCCGCCUGGCAUUUCUCAGUGGAAUUCCGACGGCGAGGGGUAGUGCCAGGGGGUGGGGCAAGAGGGGGAAUUCGCGGGGGAUUGGCUGCUGCUCGCUGGGGCUGGCAGAGAUUGGAGGAGGUGACCGGGACCUGCGCUGUGAUUGACAGGUUGGAGAUGGACAGUGUGUAUGUGCUCAGAGUGAGAGGCUGCAAUAAGGCUGGCUUUGGAGAAUACAGCGAGGAAGUAUAUUUACACACACCACCAGCUCCAGUGUUGAAUUUUUACCUGGAUUCUCGCUGGGGUCUGCACGCGGACAGACUGGUGGUGAGUAAGGAGCAGCGAUGUGCCCGCAGUGUGCCCGGUCUCUCUCUGCUGCAGGCCGCUGAUCGGGCACUGACCUCCUGCCACCUGACAGCAGAUCUGCUGGUGGGUGAUGUGGCCAUAACACAGGGACGGCACUACUGGGCAUGCUCAGUGGAGCCCGGCUCAUAUCUGGUCAAGGUUGGUGUCGGCCUGGAGUCAAAACUUCAAGAGUGGUUUCAUCUUCCUCAAGACAUGGCUAGUCCAAGAUAUGAUCCAGACAGCGGUCAUGACAGUGGAGCUGAAGAUUCAUCAGAUUCUCCUCCCCCUUUCGCUUUCCUCACAAUGGGUAUGGGAAAGAUCUACCUGCCUUCUUCCGUCAACUCCCAUCACUGCAACACUAAUUACAGAGAGUCUGGCUUCACUAAUGGCAACGGCCCUUCCUCGCCAACCGGCGUCACUUAUCCUUUGCCACCGAGACUAGGAGUGUGUCUCGACUUUGAGAAGGGGCGUGUCACAUUUUACGAUGCCCAUUCGCUCCGCCCACUAUGGGAGGGGCCUGUGGACUGCUCUGCCCCAGUGUGCCCUGCGUUCUGUUUCAUCGGAGGCGGGGCUCUGCAGCUACAGGAGCUCGUAGCCAAUCGUAACGCAAAUCAAACCCCUGUGAGACGAGUCACCAUACAAUCACGUGUCACAAAACUGAACUGACCUUGAUUUUUAUAAUUCGAUUUUAAGAGACUCGAUUUUAAGUUUUUAAUUGCACCCAACGUAAAACCUCUGCUGAUGUUUCUUUUGGUUUUGAGAGGCCUUUAUUGCUGGCACUGCUUGCUGAAUUUUAAACCUUUAAAAAUGAAUACAAUUAAUUUGCUGUCACCUACACUUACUGGCCACUUUAUUAGGUACACCUGUCCAACUGCUCUUUAACGCAAAUUUCUAAUCAGCCAAUCACAUUGCAGCAACUCACUGCAUUUAGAGAUGUAGACAUGGUCAAGAUGAUCGCCUGCAGUUCAAACCGAGGAUCAGAAUGGGGAAGAAAGGAGAUUUAAGUGACUGAACAUGGCAUGGUUGUUGGUGCGAGACGGGCUGGUCUGAGUAUUUCAGAAACUGCUGAUCUGCUGGGAUUUUCACGCACAACCAUCUCUAGGGUUUACAGAGAAUGGUCUGAAAAAGAGAAAAUAUCCAGUGAGCGGCAGUUCUGUUGGGGCAAAUGCCUUCUUGAUGCCAGACGUCAGAGGUGAAUGGCCAGACUGGUUCCAGUAACUCAAAUAACCACUCGCUACAGUUGAGGUAUGCAGAAGAGCAUCUCUGUACACACAACACAUCCAACUUUAAGGCAGAUGGGCUACAGCAGCUGAAGAGCACACUAGGUGUCACUCCUGUCAGCUAAGAACAGGAAAGGUUACAAUUCACACAGGCUCACCAAAAUUGGACAAUAGAAGAUUGGAAAAAUGUUGCCUGGUCAACAUCAUGAAAGUAUGAAUCCAUUCUGCCUUGUAUUAACAGUUCAGGCUGCUGGUGGUGGUGUAAUGGUGUGGGGGAUACUUUCUUGGCACACUUUGGGCCUAAUAGUACUAAUUGAUCAUUGUGUCAAAGCCAGAGCUUACCUUAGUAUUGUUGCUGACCAUGUCCAUCUCUUACAGUGUAUCUAUCUUCUGAUAGUAAUUCAAAAGGAUAACGCAUCAUAUAGCACAAAUCAUCUCAGACUGAUUUCUGGAACAUGAAAAUGAGUUCACUGUACUCAAAUGGCCUCCACAGUCACCAGAUCUCAAUCCAAUAGAGCAUCAUUGGGAUGUGGUGGAAAGAGAGAUUCACAUCAUAGAUGUGCAGCCGACAAAUCUGCAGCAACUGCGUGAUGCUGUCAUGUCAAUAUGGACCAAAAUCUUUAAGGAAUAUUUCCAGUCCCGGAAAUUGAAUCUAUGCCACAAAGGAUUAAGGCAGUUCUGAGGGCAAAAGGAGGUCCAACCCGGUACUUGUAAGGUGUACCUAAUAAAGUGGCCGGUGAGUGUAUAUACCCAUGAAAGCUAUUUAAACAGCAUACUCACUUAUAUAAACACACACUAUAUGCAAAAAUAUAUAUUUCCCAAUUCAUAAGCAGUGACAUCUGUGUUCCAAUGUAGAAAAUUGUGCCUCAAAGUUUUUUCAUACUAGAUUCCUCCCACUUGAUGUAUAUUAUAGUGAUAUAAUAUACCUUGUAUUAAAGUGAUUUUUGUUUAUUAAUCUCUUAACAGAGCAGAAAUUCCAGACUGUUAUACAAGGCCUAAUUUUAUAACCCACAAUACUAUUGUAAACAUCUGCUCUUUUAACCUCUAGCCAUGUGCUUUCAGGACAGAUCUGUCAAACUCUUUCCGCUGUCAAGUAGAGCAUUUACAAAGAUAUUUACUCAACAUGCGUCUCAUGCCAGACCAAAUGCUUCUCGCUGCUGUUUUGCCUUAGAUGGUUAGGAAGAGUUUUUGAUUUGUUGAAAAAAAGUGGCUUCUAGACUGCAGUUGGUACUUUUUUCUGAGUAAUAUAUUGAGGCACACUCACCGUAUAGCUUAUACAAUUUGUUGUUUUGAAUUCCCAUAUGCUAAGAAAAUAUCGAAAGCUUAAAUUAAGUGAAGAACCGAAAUCUUCAAUGCAAUAGGUUGGAAGUGCACCGUUUUGCUCAAUAUUAACGCGAUUGGAUGUGUGUGUAUGUGUGCACUAACCCCACCAUUAUAAAUCACCUUAUGCAAAUUCACACUGAAGCUUUGUAGAGAAUAUUUUUUAAGAGUUUGACUCGUGCGCUUCCCUUGGAAUGGCUUUAAAAGAGUGCAGCUUGGCUGGAGAGAGUCGUGGCUUUUGCCUG